UUUUUUCUUUUUCUUUUUCUUCUUUUAUAUAUAUAUAUCUAUAGAUGGACUUUGACUAUACACAUCCGUCUGAAUAUGAUACUGGAGACAUUAUCGAGGAUACAAUUGGAUCUGACAAACCACGUAUUCUUUUGAUGGGGCUACAGAGAAGUGGCAAGUCUAGUAUCCAACGUGUGGUGUUUGGAAAAAUGCCACCUAAUGAUACACUUUAUCUAGAAAGCACAACCAAGAUUCAAAAGGAAGACAUUACGCGUUCUUUCAUAGACUUUCAAAUAUGGGAUUUUCCCGGGCAAAUCAAUUUUUUUGAUCCAACUUAUGAUUCCCUUGAUAUUUUUGAAUCUGUGGGUGCGUUGAUAUUUGUGAUUGAUGCUCAAGAUGAUUAUAGUGAGGCUCUCAAUCGACUUUUUUAUACUGUGACAAGUGCGUACAAGGUGAAUCCAAACAUUACUUUUGAAGUGUUAUUACACAAGGUGGAUGGUUUAUCUGAUGAUUACAAGAUUGAUACACAACGGGAUGUACAACAACGAAUGAGUGAUGCUUUACAAGAUGCGGAAUCUGAUCAUAUCCAUUUGACCUACUACCUUACCAGUAUUUACGAUCAUUCAAUUUAUGAAGCAUUUAGUAAAAUCAUACAAAAACUCAUUCGAGAAUUACCCACUUUGGAAAACUUACUUAAUGUUUUAUGUUCUAAUUCUGGAAUUGACAAGGCUUAUUUAUUUGAUACUUUGACCAAGAUAUAUAUUGCUACUGAUAGUUCACCUGUAGAUAUGCAAUCUUAUGAAUUAUGUAGUGAUAUGAUUGAUGUAGCGAUUGAUAUCGAAUGCAUUUAUGGGAUCGCAGAUCGAACACAAAACUCUACACCCAACGACUUACAGUUAUUGACGGAUGGUGCGGAUGGAAAGGGAAAAGGAUCUCUAGUACAAUCACCUCAGUCGACGGAUGAUUUGGAGGGCACAUUCAAUGGGAACGAUAAUGAAAUGAAUAACAAUGGUGAAUUGGAAACUGAUAAUCAACCACAAGAACCUGAUACUGAAAAUGAAGCUUCUAGUUUGAUCAGAUUGGAUAAUGGGGAUGUCUUGUAUAUGCGUGAAGUAAACAGAUUAUUGGUACUGAUUUGUCUUUUACGACAAGAUAAUUUUGAAAAACAUGGAUUGAUCGAUUACAACUUCCAAUGCUUCAAAGAGGCCGUGACCGAGGUCUUUGAAUUCUCCCAAAAACGAAAUACCCAACAAUAUCGUGAACAUCAACUACGAAAUGCUGAAUCUCGGCAAAGUCAAGAUACUAGUAGAGAUAGUUAGAUAGUUAUAUUAUUAUUAUUAUUAUUAUUUUGAAAUAAAAAAAUCAUCCCUUUUUAUGAAUAGGGAUCUUAACCUACAAGGAU